AAUGACAAACAUACAGUAGUCUAUUUCUGUUCAUUCCGUCAAUCCAGUUCUUCAUUCGCAUUUCAACAAUGCUUGUUAAGGAAUCCUACGUUGACUUGCAGACCUCAUCGGGUCCUAUGCGCACUUAUAUCUACCAGCCUAAUGUGUCUGACCACUACCCUAAUGCAAAGUUUCCAGGUGUUGCUGUGUUCACCGAGAUCUACCAAGUUACUGGUCCCUUGGAUCGCUUCUGCAGACAGAUUGCAAGCCAUGGAUAUAUUGUUGCAUGCAAUGAGUCUUUUCAUGAGUUUGAGCCUCUAGGGACUCCUCUUGCCUACGAUGUCCCAGGAACAGACAAGGGCAACAGAUAUAAGGUUGAGAAGGAAUUAGCAGCCUAUGAUGAGGAUGCCACAGUGGUAAUUGAUCACCUUAUGAGUCGCCCUGAUUGUACAGGCAAGAUCGGUGCUACUGGCAUGUGCCUCGGAGGACACCUGGCUUUCCGUGCUGCAUUUGAUCCUCGUGUUCUUGCCAGUGUGUGCUAUUUCGCCACAGACAUUCAUUCAGAGACUUUGGGCAAAGGCAAGAAUUCGGACUCGCUUGCCAGAGUGCCCGAGAUCCAGGGUGAGGUUGUGAUGAUUUUUGGGAAACAAGACAAUCAUGUACCAAGGGCUGGUCGAGAUCUGAUUCGCAAGACAUUGGAGGAUGCGGAUGUCACGACUACAUUCUUGGAGGUCCAGGCUCAGCAUGCCUUCAUCCGCGAUGAAUUGAGUAAAGGACGAUAUGAUGCUGCGAUAGCCAAAGUCUGCUUCGAUUUGCUACUCGAGCUAUUUCAUCGUAACUUGCACCUCGAUCUUGGAUCUCGCAAGGGGGCCAAGGUCAAGGCGAAGGAUUUACCUUUAGUAUGUUAAAUAAUUUUAAAAAUAUACUCCCAAAUAGGACAUACUUGUCACUAUUAUUACAUGUAGCACUACUCCAGUACAAUCAUAAAGUUCUUUUAGGUCUGUUACAAAAAAA